AUGUGUGUCUGUGAGGAGGAGGUGGAGGAAGAGCCGGAAGAGGAGGAAACAGACUUGUCCCUGUCCCCUGAGCCUCCGUCGCCGCCGGACUACUUCACACGCUCCUACACGCCGCCUCCCUCCGGGCCGCCCUCCCCACCCUACAGCAGCAAGCCCAUCCUCACGCUGGGGGGGUACGAGGCCAACGGACCCUCGUGCCUGCCCUGUGGCUACCCAUUCCGGGGCGUCCGCAGGCCCCCAGGAUACGCCCUGUGCCCGUCCUGCUCGGGCCUCUUGCCCAACCACAUGCACAGACACGAGGGCCUCCGCAACGGCGGGGGCAGGGUGAGCUACCAGCAGCCGCAGCCUGACUUCGACGUGCAGUCGGAGCGCGACAGCUUCCGGAAGAUGAACCUGAUCCGCUGGGUCACCAUGCAUGAGGUAGUGGCCCACCGCAGUUUCAGUACUGAUGUCUAGAGCUGCCCUGGCAGUAUGGCGGUAUUGCUAGGCGAUCCCUUCCAUACAGGCCUAAUGUUAUUCUGCUGGCAAAAAGCAGGUCUCAAUCCAUCAAUUUAACUAAAUUCAUUUCUUUUAUUUGUGUCUUAUUGUAAGUUUUUUUUUCACUACUGAUCUUUCAGGGCACUAUAUCAUAGGACAUGGACACUGUAGUGUGCAAGGGGCCAAUCAGUGAUGAUGAGAUGAACAAUAGCCAGGCACAGCAGGUGUUAGCCUAUCACACCUCAUGUCUUUUCUCCCUACACAAUUACUCAUGUCACAUUUGCUCUGAAGACCAUUGAUUAAGCUGUCACCUGCAUUUUAAAGUAGGCUGCCCAUAACGCAAACUUAACAGCAACUCCAGGGGCUUUAAUUUAAUUGAUGGGCAACAUAGCACUCAAAUUCUGCUGCACAUGACUUAAAGCUACAGUUAGCUAGUUUUGCUAUUUGUUUUGCUUCAUUUUGUUAUUUCAUAACAUCAGCAAGAUCCUAAGUGUAAACGUGGGUGGGCCAGUGCAAUAGGGGGAUGCUUCUGCACACAGACAUCAGCAUUAGCAACUAUAGGUCAUAUAGGUAUACUCCCUAUUUUGUUUGCUGAUGAGCAAAGCCCAUUUGUGGUGUUUGUUGCUCUUGCACGCAAAUGUGGUACCCAGGUGUAAUAACACCUUCAUGCUAGCAACAGUAAAUUGAAAAACGUUAUCUUUACUAAGGCAUUUUGAUGCGUCUUAACACGAGAGAGUUGAGUUGAGUGGAGUGAGACAGGCCUGAUUGCUGAGUAAUGCCCAUAUGAGCAGGGGAUGAAUUGUUGAACUCGGAAUGAUGAGUGGUCUUUGAGAGACAGUGAAUGAGUGACAGAGAAAAUCUGUGAAACAGCCAAAAUAUAACAGCCAUAUCUUGGAUAGAAGUUUCCAAAACAAUUUUAUUAUAGGUCACAGAAUAACAUUGGGCUUUGUUGUUCAAUUCAAAUGACAUAUGCUGUAUUUCAUAUUUCAACUAAGUUGAAAAAUAAUGGGAUUAUCUUUGGUGAGUAAAGGAUAUUUUCAGAUUAAAAGAAUCAAACAUAUAGCUAUUUAUUUAUGAUUGUUUCAUCUAUUUAUAUAUUGCAUCUUAUUUAUAUUCCCUCCAUUCAUUUAUUACAUGCCUGUAUAAGAUUUCUGAGUUUUUAUUUUUUAAUAGCCACAUCAUUCGGAUUUACACUCAAAUAAUAAUAAACCUUUAGGAGCUGGUGCCACUGAUGUUUUGACAAAAAUACUUCCCUCUUUUUACAUCUUUCAUUUUCCACCCUACCUCCCCUUUCCCUGUUAGACAUGAAUAAAUAAUGUGAGUGAUGAUGGACUAAAUCCAUGACUAUGUAGUAAUUAACAUAUUGACAAACAGCUACAUAUGGCAUCACUAUUUUGUUGUUAAUCUCAGUUUAGUCAGCACAUUUGACAUU